AUGCUCUCUCUUCUCUUGAAUCGUCGAACUUCCGUUUUCAAACGUCGAAUUGCACUUGAGCUAAUGAGCAGUAGCAUUAAAGGACGACUUGUUCACCCCAAUCAGAUGUCUCAGCCUCCGGAACCUGAUCCCGAAGCGUCGAUUACACCAUCAGGUAGUGAUCCUGAUUCUUCUUUAAAUCUGAUGGGUUUUCAAUUUAGUUUUAACGAAUCGGCACAAACCCCUAAUUUAAACCCAAAUUUUGAUAAUGAAACAUUGGAUCAUUAUACAGAUGAGCAACUGGAAGAAUCUGUUUUGAAAAAAAUAGAGCUUUUGUACAUCAAAGCUAUUUCCCAGCUUGUUUCAUCAGGUUAUGAUGAGCUUGAUGUUUUCAAAGCUGUAUUGAGGAAUGGACAUUUUCAUGGGAAAAUGGAUCCAUUGUCUAACAUUCUACAUAACGUCCAGAUACAUCUGAGUACUGACGAUAAUGGGUACAAUGAUAACUUAGUUAACCCCAAGAAGGUGUUUGCUAAUCUGAAGCAGUUGAGAGAAGCUACACUCAUUUCUUUAUUAUGUUGGUUGAGGAAAAGUUAUCCAUUUAUGAGAAGAAGGGAUGCAAUGUGUUGGUUACUCGUGUCUGACCUUAAUUCAGUUCGUGUCAACUCAUCAAAAAUCUCUAAUGAUGAUGGUGAUUGUGUUAAUACACAAAUGGAUGAUCAACAUCCAAUUUGGUCAGAAUCCACUCCAUCAAUGCUUGUCCUUUUAAAAGAUAAUGCAGACUUUUUAGCUACAGAGUACAAAAGCUUGGAUGAGGAUUCUUCAGUUGCAGUUGUAAAAGAUAGUGAGGUAAGUCUUGAAGGUUUUUGUAUGAAGAACCAAACAUCUACCAAAAGUAUCUUGAAAAGAUUUAAUGAUUUGGAUCCAAAUGAUGAGAUACUUAUGAGUUUAAUGAAAGAAAUCAAGGAUCUUGAUACACAAAUCAAGGAAAAAAAGAAGUGGGUUGAUGCGAAAGUUCUGCAAGCAGCAAAAAGGUUGUGUGAAGAUCGCAAUGAGUUGAAGAAGUUAAGAAUGGAAAAGGAGGAUAACGAAUGGACUAAGAAGCAAAAGUCACCUGUUGAUAUUGACCACCCCACCAUGAAGAAUCUCACUAAUGCAGAGAUGGCUUUGAGGGCAUCAAAUAUAGAAUAUGAUCAUGCACUAAUGUUAUGGAGUUAUCUUGAAAUCGAGAAUUUAGAAAUUAGAGCUGACAUUAUGGCUUCAAAGUUGAGUGCUUCUGAGUCCGUGACUUCAAUUGUUCAAUCUGAUAAAAGGGAGAAGAAGCAUCUCAAGAAGAUUUUGGCAUGGGAGAAACAAAAGGGUAAGUUGGAGGAAGAUAUUACAUCUGAGAAACAAAAUCUCAUGGAGAUGGAGGAAGAAAUGAUUCAAGUUGAAGCAUCUAAAAGAACAGCCUAG